AAUUUAAAUAUAGCACUAACACUUCCAUGUAUGUAGUGCAGUAUGUAUUUCUGUUUAUAGAGUUCUCUAUAAGUCUUUGUCUGACCUUAGAAGAUAAGUGAAUUCAAGGAAGGCAAUUAAUAGCACUGUCCUAUAACUCAUUAACAUUUGAUUGAUUUUUGGAAUGACCUAUUUCAGACUUGAACUACAGUGUACCAGUGUUAAAACCACCUCAUUAAAAUAACUUAUUCUAAAAGGAAUAACUACAUAAAACAAAACAAAACCUUCUUAUCCACUUGUCAGUGUUGAUCUCCAGCUUGAUACGGAGCGACUUUGGAUCACUGGCUAAUGUUUUGGUUCAGUUUGCAAUCCAGUACUGCUGUGGUCUUCCAACUGCUAUCUACCAGCCCUACUUUUCAUAGCAGUCUUUCAAGAAGUUGCCCAGAACAAGGUGGCACAUGAGAUGGGUCAUUCUAGGGCAUAGUAGUACUGAGGGGAAAGUCUUCUUCAUGGAACUUUUAUUCAAGGAGUAUUUUUACUCUGUUAGCAUCAUGUGCUGAACUGAAAUUCUAACUUCAGCCGUCUGUACCUUUUCAUCCAUAAAUGACAAAUACCUGCUUCUGUGUAGCUGUUAGAACUACAGAAUACUGCUGAUCUUUUCAAGUUCAUAACACCAUCAGUGCCAUUGUUUUUCAAUUAGCUGAAAUCUAAGAGCUGUAUGCUAACUAAGCGUAGUGUGGUGGACAGUGUUAGAUUGGUAGUUGUGAAAACUGAGAUUCUUACAGUUCUCCUUUGGCAAGAGCGUGGCUUUGGACAAUUUGCUUCUUAUUUCAAUAGGUCAGUUUUUUUAGCCUCUAAGGCAAGAGGGAUGUUGCCUUUAAAAGUUGCCUUGAACUCUUAAGGGAGAGGUCUGAGAGAGUCAGGUAGUCUUGGAUGACUUUCUAUGCACAAAGUGAUCUCCGUACACCACUUACCUAAUGUUUUGAACAAAUUCACUUAUCUUUGUCAAAUCAUUAUAGAAAUAACAGUAAUUUAGAACAAAAAUUUAGAGAUUGUUGACAAAUUGUUCUUCUAGGAGAAUUUAGUAUCAUUCUAGUAGAAGGGAGUGGGAUGGGAGUCCUGGCUUCUGUGACAGAUAUGACAUUUUAAGUUCUUCAGCAAACAAUUAUCACUGUCAGCAAAACACAGUAUAGAUGUGGAAAAUGAGACCUGUGUACUUAACAUGUGCUUGUUCCAACCUACAGAAGACCUCACUAAUGCACAACAUUGAAGAGUCUCUUUCAGAUCAACUGUAAGCCAAGGAGACCAGCUUUGUGAAUUCACAGUUCAAAGGUGGUUCAUAUCCACAUAAAUGUUCUGCAACAAGACUCCUGUCAUCUCCUCUAUCUUUUCUGUCACUGAGGGUCAUACUCAAAUGUUCCAGCUAUUUAUAGUAAUUAAUUUCACAGUUUCAACUUGUCUUCUGUUGGACAGGUCCACUUUUUCAGUUACCCACUGUCAGCCUCAUGUUGACAAAACUGUCUUCACUAUUACUAGCAGUCACUCAAGUGCAGCCACUGAUCACGAGAUGUUACCACGAAAUCUACCUCAGACUUCGCUUUUGCUUGUUCAUUUGCUACGUCAUUUUAAGUCUCAACAGGAUCUCUGCAGACGCUCCUGAAAGUCUCUGAACAGACUGUGACAUCACAUCAAAGCAUGAUGACCUAACAGCAGGUCAAAGUCUAAAACAUUGGGUCAGCAGUCCAAGAUAAACUGCCGUCUGUUAGCAGUGUCACUUCUGAAGGCUACAGACCUCCUGCCAUUUCUUCCCCCCGUUACUUCAGAAGCAUUCAGCUGACCCUUUUCUGGCAGAAAGAUCUUGACUUUUCUCUCUGUUCCUGGAAACAUUAAUGGAAUACAGUCAUGUCUACCCAGGACGAGAGGCAGAUAAAUACCGAAUAUGCUGUAUCCUUGCUGGAGCAGUUAAAAUUGUUUUAUGAACAGCAGUUGCUAACUGACAUAGUAUUGAUUGUUGAGGGCACUGAAUUCCCCUGCCAUAAGAUGGUUCUUGCAACAUGUAGCUCAUACUUCAGAGCCAUGUUCAUGAGUGGGCUGAGCGAAAGUAAGCAAACACAUGUACAUCUGAGGAAUGUGGAUGCAGCCACCUUACAAACUAUAAUAACUUAUGCAUACACGGGUAACUUGGCAAUAAGUGACAGCACGGUAGAACAGCUUUAUGAAACUGCCUGCUUCUUACAGGUAGAAGAUGUGCUACAACGAUGUAGAGAAUACUUAAUUAAAAAAAUUAAUGCAGAAAAUUGCGUGCGUCUGUUAAGUUUUGCUGAUCUCUUCAGCUGUGAAGAGUUGAAACAGAGUGCUAAAAGAAUGGUAGAGCACAAAUUCACAGCUGUGUACCACCAAGAAGCUUUCAUGCAACUGUCUCAUGAUCUACUGAUAGAUAUUUUAAGCAGUGACAAUUUAAAUGUGGAAAAGGAGGAGACAGUUCGUGAAGCUGCUAUGUUAUGGCUGGAAUACAACACAGAAUCACGAUCACAGUAUUUGUCCUCUGUUCUUAGCCAAAUUCGAAUUGAUGCACUUUCAGAAGUAACACAGAGAGCCUGGUUUCAAGGUUUACCGCCUAAUGAUAAAUCAGUGGUGGUGCAAGGACUGUACAAAUCUAUGCCCAAGUUUUUCAAGCCCAGACUUGGUAUGACAAAAGAGGAGAUGAUGAUAUUCAUUGAAGCUGCUGCUGAAAACCCUGGUAGUCUUUAUUCUUCUGUCUGUUACAGCCCACAGGCAGAAAAAGUUUACAAACUCUGCAACCCUCCUGCUGAUUUGCAUAAGGUUGGAACACUUGUAACUCCUGAUAAUGAUAUCUAUAUAGCAGGUGGGCAAGUUCCUCUGAAAAACACAAAAACCAAUCACAGUAAAAGCAGCAAACUCCAGGCUGCGUUCAGAACUGUGAAUUGCUUUUACUGGUUUGAUGCACAGCAAAACACCUGGUUUCCAAAGACACCAAUGCUCUUCGUUCGUAUAAAGCCAUCCCUGGUCUGCUGUGAAGGUUACAUCUAUGCAAUUGGAGGAGACAGCGUAGGUGGAGAACUCAACAGGAGAACUGUGGAAAGAUACGAUACUGAAAAAGAUGAAUGGACCAUGGUAAGCCCAUUGCCAUGUGCGUGGCAAUGGAGCACAGCAGUAGCAGUUCACAACUGCAUUUAUGUAAUGGCACACAACUUGAUGUACUGUUAUUUUCCCAGGUCAGAUGCUUGGGUAGAAAUGGCUAUGAGACAAACAAGUAGAUGUUUUGCUUCGGCUGCCGCUUUUGGUGAUAAAAUAUUCUAUAUUGGAGGAUUGCAUAUUGCCAGCAAUUCCGGUAUAAGACUCCCAAGUAGUACUGUAGAUGGGUCUUCCGUAACUGUGGAAAUCUAUGAUGUGAAUAAAAAUGAAUGGAGAAUGGCGGCUAAUAUCCCUGCCAAGCGGUAUUCUGACCCCUGUGUUAGAGCUGUUGUCAUCUCCAAUUCUUUAUGCGUCUUUAUACGAGAAACCCACAUGAACGAGAGAGCAAAGUAUGCCACCUAUCAAUAUGACCUGGAACUUGAUCGCUGGUUUCUCAGACAGCAUAUAUCAGAACGCGUGCUGUGGGACUUGGGGAAAGACUUCCGGUGCACUGUAGGAAAGCUGUAUCCAUCUUGCCUUGAAGAGUCCCCGUGGAAACCUCCAACGUAUCUCUUUUCACCAGAUGGAGCUGAUGAAUUUGAGCUGGAUGGGGAGAUGGUUACUUUACCACCUGUAUAGCUCCCGAAUUAGACUGCGCAACCAGUUCUUUACCCCGAAAGAAAUAGUCGUGAAAGAACAGGUCUGGAAAUAGAAGUGUUAAACCUGUCCUUCAUGAGUUGUAUUUUUAUGCCCUACCUAACAUUUGCAGCCAUUCAGUAUAAAUCAGUGAAAUGAGCAGAUAUGCUUCCGUAAUCUGAAAUACUAUUAUCUGAUAAUUGAGAAAUAUAUGUAUAUUACAAGCUUAAGCAUCUGACUUGUCUAAAGAAUUAAUUUCUAGUUCUAUAAAGUCUCAGUUCAGCAAAUUAGCUUCAGAAAAGUAGUUACUGUUUCUAGGAUGAUAUGUCACAACUGUUUUGAAAGUAUCUUCCAGUUAUAUUUGAACUACUUCUGGAUAUCCUACUUAAGUGCUAGUUAUGUAAUUGUCAGUGUGGCCUAAUUAAUGGACUGUGCUGCACUCAAUACUAAUAUCCACGUUGGUAUAGCAAUGCCAUUAAAAGAAUAAGAAACAAAUCCCAUGGAUCUACCUGUGGUAGGAAGGGUAGAUCUUCCAUUGUAUGGUAACAUGCAGGGCAAAAUGACUGCAGGUUCAGUCAAGCUGUAUUACUAGGUGCAUGUAUUCUAUUUUCACUAACUUAUACCUGUCUAUUUAGAAUACAGGUCUUCCAAGCAGCUGGUAGUUUACCAGGUGUGGACUUAAGUUGCUGGGCUUGCAAUAGGAAUUGUCAGCCCUCAUAGUGCGGGUCUAUGUGGAGCUUUAAUCAGUAAAUGUCUCCACGUUCUGUAUUACAGUAACAUUGGCUCAUGUAUAUUACUUCCUGCUGCUGAUGUAUUUUUCCAUUGUAAAACAAAGUUUUAGUGUGGAUUAACCAGGUCUUUAUUUUCUGUUAAUUUAAUAACAAGCAUUACUGUAGUGUGAUUGUGUAUAGAUAUCCCUUAGCUAUCAGGUUUUUCUUUUUUUACUUUUUUUUUGGGGGGAGCAAACUGUUCAGGAAUAUCCUGUGCUCUGUGUGCAGGAGAGCAGAUGAGUAGUGCUGCUCUGGCAUUAAUCCCAGGAACCACUAGCAGUAGUGGGGCGCCGCCAAUCUAACACGAACACAGGUGCUUCAUGACAAACCUUACUAGCAUGUUCAGCUGCAUCAUGUUCUGGCACUGUAUUUUGAAUGACAUUAAUUUAUUAAAAAAAGACUGAAUCCAA